UACGCAAUGUGUCCUAUUUAUCAGAUACCAGACACGCCUUCCAUCAAGAGUGUUGGUUCUACGAAGUUUCUCACCCUUUAUCUCAUGAAACAAAGUCUUUAUAUAACCCUUUUACCUCCUGCAAAUCCCUUAUGCUUAACAUGAAGAUAAAAUUUCUUGGUAUGUUCCUCCUGAUCAUUUCAUGUGCUCAAGCCAUUUCAAAAGAAGAUUUUGUUGAGACUUUCACUUCAGCAGACAAAAGUCUAAUCGAAAGCAAUGAACAAGGACAUGAGCUUAAUGGAAAUUCAUAUGGAAAUAGUAACAUACAAGUCUCCACAAGGUUGAAUCACAAAAAUGUGAUUGUAGCAAGUAAAAAUGCGCAUAAACAUGAACUAUUUGUUACUACAAGAUAUUCAACUGGAGGAGGAGGUGCAAGGGGUGGAGGAGGAGGAAUGGGUGGAGGUACAAGUGGAGGAAGUGCAAGGGCAGGUGGAGUGGUGGGUGGAGGUACAAGUGGAGGAAGUGCAAGGGCAGGUGGAGUGGUGGGUGGAGCCGCAAGUGGAGGAAGUGCAAGGGCAGGUGGAGUGGUGGGUGGAGCCGCAACUGGAAUGAUCGGAGGCCGAGCUAUCUACGCAGGCGACAUUAAUGAGAGGAACAAUUACUCUUAUAAUUUUGCAACAACAUUAUCUACUGGGACUCAUAUUUGUGUCUCAAUAUUGAUUUUAUAUGUGAACUUUUGGAUUUGAUCACCCUUGCGCUAAUAAAUAUCAUGUUUAGUUUCUUCUGCUUAGGCCUGUAAUGAUCCUCUCUUAUUCAUUGCUACCACUUAAUGUAUAUUUUGGCCGCAAUCAAUAUCAUGUUUUAUGUCA